UGCCCUAACAAGUAACAGGAGAAGACUGGGAAAUGGAAUCGGCAACCGCUUCGUUUUGCGAGUUCUUGUGAAAAAUGGAAGAAGAGAAUGACGAUGAAGAUAUAAGCCCACUGAAUGUCCUCUUAAACGAUGAGGAUAAUGAAGAGAAAGUACUGGUAAAUGGCCAGCACACAGAACACAAAGCAAACGGCGGGAAUACUGUCAUGCAAAACGGUCCCGCGAAGCAGCAACUACUGCAGAAGCACAGCCUCCGCUCGAUUAACUCAACGGUCGUGAUUCGGCAGCUCCCAUCUGAAGGUCUCUCAUUCCAGCUCUGGCCGGCAGCCACCACUUUGGUUUCCCUUCUGGAUGGAUACCGAUGCGAAUCUGCCAGUAGCCCUCUCACUUCCACACUCUCGGUAUUUUCGGUUGAUCCAAAUCGCCGCCCACUAAAUAUCCUCGAGCUCGGAUCCGGCACCGGCAUCGUUGGAAUUGUCGCCGCAAUCACUCUUGGCGCCAAUGUGACGGCCACGGACCUUCCUCAUGUGGUCCCCAACAUUCAAUUCAACGCCAACGCCAACGCGGGCGUUUUGGCUUCCAGUGGUGGGGCAGUGAACGUGGCGCCGCUGAGGUGGGGUCACGCAGAUGACGUGGAAGUGAUUGGGCGGGAUUUCGAUGUUAUUCUGGCAUCGGAUGUGGUUUAUCACGACCACCUGUAUGAGCCUCUCCUCCAAACACUGAGAAUGCUCUUAGCGGGCAAUCAGCGGAGGAAGGCGGUGUUCGUGAUGGCCCACUUGAGGAGGUGGAAAAAGGAAUCGGUUUUCUUCAAGAAGGCGAGGAAGCUUUUUGAUGUUGACGUUUUACACCUGGAUACCCCUUGCGAGGGAUCCAGGGUUGGUGUUAUUGUUUAUCGUUUUGUUGGGAAGAAGGGUUAGCUUUCGAAAUGAUGCAUCGCCCUGCUCUCGUUUUGGAACUGUUAUUGCCAAAGAAAAACUUGUUUCUUUUCCAGAAAAAGUAAAAUGCAAAUAUGCAUCCUAACGUUCGAUCAAAUUUACGCAGCGCUUGUCAUUUUCUCCAA